AAAGCAGUGUAUCCUGGACGUGUGAAAUGGCGGAUUCGCUUGAAACUGAGAAAACGAGCGAAUUUACGUGCAAACAAUGCCUCACUUAUCGUAAUGAGUGCUUGUAAAGAAAUAUUUCGGAUAACUUUUGUAAAAGAUGUCUGGAAUAGACUCAAGGGAAUCUCUAGAUUUUAAAGAAGACUCAACAAUUGCUCAUGAUGGAUUAAGAGAAAGUAUUGAAAAUGCAUCAUUCUUCCAAAGCAGAGGACCCCUGGCUGCUUCAACGGUCUCAAGACCACAAAGACCAAAUACCCGUGGGCAAGACAGAGAAAAAUGGAAAAAAAACGGGUCAUUCUUAGAUUUUAAUACUCCAAAGAGGGGCCAGAUAAACGAUAAUGAAUAUGAUAGAUUUGGAGAUGAGUUUUCCAUGGGAAUCAAAGGAUCAAGCAGGGACUCCUCACUGGGUCUUAUUCCAGUGGAAGAAAUGAGUGAUUUAUCUGCCAGUGUUCUGCAAGUGCCAGAAGAGAAGUUUUUUGAUUCAGAGGCUGCCACAGUGAAAAAGAGACCAUCCUCUCCAAAAACAAGAGAACCCCCUGGGGACUUCAAGCAAGCUUUGUUUUCCAACAUGACAUCGGGACAUGUUCCAGGAAUCCUUACAGAGGAGGAGGGAGACGUCACAGUUCCAGAUAUCCAGUUCCAGGAGGGAGAAUUGGACCAACUGGAUGAGGACUUUGAUCUGGAGAUGACAGCUAAUGAGAGUGCUCUGGAGUAUGCAGGGAUACCUAAUCCAGACUUGUCCGAAAUGAAGCUCCAUACAACCAGUGAUAAUACUGCAGGUGAUGACAUUUGGAAUUCGGUUUAUUUGAAGUCAGGCUCCACCUUCUCUCAGUUCAUUACAGCAGAAGAAGGAGAGACUUCUGGUGAACAGGAGACCUCAAUCGUACAGGAAAUGACUAGAAAUUCCCAGCGCAGAUUUCCCAGUCUCAGCAAAGUCACACUCUUUGAUGGUAAGCAGGAUCAUCAAAUUAAAGAGAUGGGGAGUUCAGAAGAUGUAAGUCAGCCUCUGUCAGCAAGAACCAGGGCCCAAUUUCCCACCCUAGCAGCUGUUAGAAUGGACAGUGAGGUAUUUGACCAGUCUGUAGAUGUGGACAAAAGUAUUUCAAAGAGAGGCUCUGGGGCAGGUCAAAGUGCAGACCUUGAAGUCAACACACCAAAGAAUGUCUCACAAAUGAGUGCUCAAAGGUAUAAGAUGAAUGAUGAAGGGACAAUGAACGGAAGUACUGAUAAUGUGUCCAUGUCCAUGAGGUACUCUGCUGAAGGGGACGUAGUUAGCUCCCCUGACAGAACGGGGGUCAAAAGUUCACCAAGGAAGGAUGAUGACUCUGAAGAUGAGGAGAAGAUCCUUCCUUCACAAUCAAAGAACUCACCAGCAAAGGAAUUCCUGACUACCUUUAAAGAGAGUUUUAAAUCGCCAACCCACAAAACCAGGAAUUCAGAAGUGAAUUCAGAGGAGCAAAGAGUAAAGCCCAUGGGGGAUGAUUUACUGACAGAGAAGGGUCCUAACCGAUAUCAUGACCCCCAGGAGGAAAAUGGAGAAGACUACCAAGAUGACAUGCCCUCCCAGUUGAACUCAAUGUAUUUCAAGCCCUCCUAUCCGGAAGCUUCCAUGCUUCCCCCGGGACAGAGGAUGGACACUUCAGAUGACAUGUUUGGGGAGGUGGCCUACCCAGAGACCAUAGAGGUGUUUGAUUCCCCAGGGGACAGGCUUGAAGCUUCUGGCUGCAACAUCAAUGACAUGCAGGCAGGGGACAAUCCGUUUGAUGGACUAGAGUCAUCUUUCGGAUCUUUUGGGUUGAACAAAGAAUCUGAUAUCCCAGAAUUGCCUGGACAGGCCAACCAGUGGUUACAGCUCAACUCGAGCCCAAUGAGUGCCAGAACCCGCAACAGUGGCCAGUCUCAGGCAAGCCAGAGACUCAGCUCUCAGUCAGGAGUAAGCCCAAGGGUCAGCCACGAGUCCAGUAAAUCUACACAACAGAAAAAACAGUCUUACAGAGACAUGGAAGGGAGUGAGUAUCCCAGUCGGUCGAGGAGAUCUGCAGACUCUGUGUUUGCUGAGCCACGACUGAGUCAGUACUAUGGGGGAGACCCCCAAGCUGUCAGAAGGAGUUUCCCAGAACUCUCAAUAUCACAGCCAAUGAAAGCUGAUGUCUCACCCAGACUGUCCAAAAGUCAAGAUCGUCCUGUUGUGUACAAGGAUGACUCAGGCGAGAUGGUGACAGACCUAGCCUACCAGACAGAUUUCACCGACAUGGCUCCUACCCAGCAUGCCAAGCUGCAGGAACAGUUCGUUAAGGGAAGUCUGGACUUUGAUGUUACCAUGGCUGAUGAUUUUAAACCUGCUGAUGAGGCCAAAGCAAUGCUUGAUGAAGAUGAAGAACAGUUUGAGAAAGAUAAUGUAUUCAGAGAGGAUGUCAAGAUAGUCACCCCUGUGGGUUCCCCCGACUCUUGGGGCUACUCCAGUAAAAUGUCCAUCUCCUGUCCCUCCUUCCUCAAACCAGACGUUGAGGACCUGAGGAUUUCUAUUGGAACCUUUAUGAAGAGUGGGUCAGGUGCCCUCGGAUCAUUGGGAGGUGAUGGAUCUCAGGAGAGACCUGAGUUUGGUAUGCACAUCAAAACCCCUCCCCAGAAUAGGAAGCCGAUGGCCCUCAUUGAAACAUCCGUCAGGGAGUUUGAGCCUGACAGGAGUCUCCAAGCCUCCAAGUGCAGGACCGAGGGAGUGGGCAAUGAGGAUGAAGACAGACUGGAGGACAGGACCCUACAGGAUGAGGCAGUGACCCUGGCUGAUCUGGAAGAGUCCCCUGCAUACCAGGAGAGUCAGGGGUCCCAUCUUCAGUCCAUGGGGUAUAGGGACAGUCCAGAGUCACAGCCCCAGCCCAAGAGAAGCAAGACCCCUGUAAUGGAGCUAUCAGCAGAGCUGUCUAAGCUCCAAGAAUCUCUGAGGGAGUCUGAUGAUUCCCUAAGCAUCACUCUGCUGCAUUCACUGCUUCAGUCAGUGCCCAAAGACACCAAACCCGCUGAGCUGUCUAAAAUGGUCAUGGCUCUGUCACAGAAGUCUUCCAGAUCUCUCCGUCAUCCGGUGGCAAAAUCAACCAAACUUCCCAUCAGAAGAGGGUCUGAUGUGAUGAAUAAGGUCAAAGGACCGUCUCCAAGGAAAUCACAGGAUGUACCAGAACAAGACAGAAGCCAGAAUUCGGCCUCCUUCAGCUCCAAAGGAUCAAAGGAAGACAAGGAGCUGAAGAACAUUCUCCACAAAACGCGGCCAGAUGGGGAAGAAUCGGACGUUUCACUGUCCCCUAUUAACAGAAGUGAUAAUGUGACUCCUUCAGACGUAAUGUUAAAAACAUCCUGCCAAAGUGACAAUGCGGAUGGCAGUGAAAGAGAGUCCAUUCAUUCUAAUGAUCCUUCAGGUAGAAGAGGUCAAGCUGGAAAUUCUUCACAGAUGUAUGUCCAUAGUGGCCAGGUAUCUAGAGGCAGCAUGGCUUCACCUCGUAGUCGCGGUGGAAGCCAGAGAAGUUCACAGGAAAAUGUACGCUAUGCAUCCAGUGCAGCUGUCAAUGCUUCUGAUAGUCCGGAGAGGUCCAGACACAGUAGUACUGGAAGUAAUAAAGAAUCCAGAGAGAGCCGGAUCCGGUCUCCACAUGGCAAUGACCAUGGAGACUUGACUGGACACCACAUUCCGGAUGGUACAGACUACAGUCUGAAAGCAGACUAUCCACAUCAGAUCAACAUGGGGAUGUCCAGAGAGGAUCUGGUCGGAACGGAGGAUAUCCAGCUGGCAGAUUCCAGAGGAUUUAAUCUCAUUGAUAGGGAUCUGGACAGUAUGGGAAAUGGUCAGAGAAUUAGUAGGGGUUCUAAUGAACAAAGGAGCAGGGAACGAAGUGUGAGUGAUUACCAUUCAAAGCAUGACUAUGACAUUGAUUACAGUGAACAAGGCUUUAAUCGGAAUGGAAAUUACAACAGCGGUAGGAAUUCUCAGGCCAGUAAAAAGUAUGAAGUUCAAGACAACGAAUAUUCUCAAGAUGCACACAAUAAAGAGAACAUAGCCCAUGAUAAAAAGGCCAAAGAAGAUAGGGACUUGAUGCCUCCUCCACCUGUGCCAAGUUUUCAUCACAAUCUGGUCCCACACCACAAAACAUCAGAUCCACCCAUGCUGCUGACGAAACAAUCUCUGAUGAAGAGCAGCUUUGCCCAGCAGUACUUACCACCACCAGCCACCAGACAGAUCUUGUCAUCCAAGCAGUUUUCUCAGUCUCAGGGUGAUGUGUUCACACUGAAGCAGGAUCAUCAUCAACUUCCCACUCAUGACUCGACAAUGAGUAAGAAACUGUCCCACUCGCAAACCAACAUCCAAGACCACAGCAUGGCGGACCUCAGCCAACAUAGUCUAAUUACACCCGACCAGUCUCGUCAUCGUCGGAUCCUGUCGGAACCAAUGACUGAUGGGAAGAGGCUAGCAGACGACAUCAGCAUGUUCAGACAGCCACCUGCAUACCACAGUACUCCAUUUCAGAGGGACGCUAAUCUGUCCGAGACACAGUUUUAUGAGUUGGAUCAUUCUGUGAUGUCUGUCAUGGAUGCAGAAAAAUCCACCUUGGAUGGAAAUUUCAAACCAGCUAAAAUUCCCACACCAGAAUAUACAGGCUUAGCAGCCAUUAAAGCCCCAGAAAUUCUGACCUUCCCUGAAGUGUGUUGCAUUGGAAUCUCGGUGAAGACCACCCUCCCCCUGACCAAUCCGACCAAUCGCUGGCUGGAGUGCAUUCUUCAGGUGCGGCAGCUUUUACUCGACGGACAGCCGGCUGGAACCAGUGUGGCAGUACCAUUUGAAAUGAAGCAGAAGGUCAUAGUAGAACCAAACACUAUGGAGAAAAUUGAGGUGAUCUUCAUUCCUAAGUUGGCUGGAGCGUAUGUGGCCGAGUUGUUGAUCCACUCCCACAGGUUUACCCAGGACCGGGCCUCAGGCUCCAUGUCCUACCCUACCAUAAUCACGGUGCAAGCCAUAGCCGAAAAGCCCAAAAUUGAGGUUCAUGGCUUUGGUCUGGAGAACCGGGUGCUGAACUUUGGACAGGUGACGUGGGGGAGCUGUAAGUCCCUGACCCUGGGGAUUGUCAACUAUGGACAGGCCUCCCUCCCCCUCAGGCUCUCCAUAUCUUGUACUAAGAACCUGGGCGUUAACAACAUACCCUGGCACUGCUUUUCCUUUGAUCGUAAUGGACAGAACUCGGCCCUGGGGGACAUCUCCAUUAUAUCACGCAGCAGUCGCCCCCAAUCCCCAGCCCUGGGGAAGACGGUAGUCACACUCUGUAUCCCAGGACGAUCAGCAAAGGAUUCUGGGAUUAGUGAAAUGGAGGUUAGGGUGUGGUGUCGACCCCCAGACAAGAGGAUUGACAGAGCUUUGGCUCAGAAUCCACCUGAUGAAAUGACAGCAAGGAUCGACAUUGACGUAGACACGCCCACUGCCAACAUCCCACCCCUCAGAACGAUCGACCUGCAAGCUAUCGUGGGCGUGGCUCGACUACACAUCCCCAAGUACCUGGAAAUGGUCAAGUUGGAGUCUACAGUCCGACAGGCAGCCAGGGACUCCAUUGCCCUGAAGAACUUUGGGAACAUAGACCUCAAAAUUUCUCUCAGUAUUCCUGACCAUGAAGAUGUCUUCCAAGUCCGUCCAAAACAGAUCACAAUUCCACCGGGACAGGAGAAUGAGAUCAUGGUGGAGUUCUUUCCCAUGGAAUCAGGGAAGAAGUCUCUAGAGAGUGUGCUGUUGAUGAAUGUAGAGCCAGAUGGUCCGUUAUACGAGCUGCCAGUACUGGGCAGUGUGGUGUCAGAGAAAGCCAAGAGACAGUCCACCCCCAUAGUCCUCAGUGACAGGUGCUUCAUCUAUUUUGGAGGUGUGGGGACAGGGAAAACAUUGGAGAAGAAGUUCAGGUUAAAAAAUCAAACGCAGUACCCUUUGAAGUUGAAGCUGGAGGUCCGUGACGAUUCACAUGUCUUUAAGAUGAGAACGUCGGCCCUUCAGUCUAACAAUCUAACAGAGAUACGAGACGUGAUCAUUCAGCCAUUGGAGACCUACCCUGUUUAUGUGACAUACUCCCCGAUCUCACCCACACUGAAUUCUGGGAAAGUUGUCAUCAAACCUUAUGACACUGCAUACAAGUUCUCAAUUCCUGUGUCUGGUUAUGGUGGAGUUGGUAAGCUGGUGGUAGAGGGAGCUAGUAUAGCAGACAUGAACCGCUACUGUCUCGACAUGGGGGAUAUUUCCCUUGGACAGGAAACGGGAGAGAAAGUCAUUGUCCGAAAUGUUGGAUCUCGACCUGUGUUUGUCAAACUCAUGGCUUAUGCAGGUUCCCACUGUAGGAAGGAUAAUAUAUCUGGGAGAGUCUUGGUGGAACCCAGUGAAUUUGUACUUGAACCAGAGGGUACUAAGUCUGUGAUAAUUGUUUUGAACCCGUCUGACCGAGAAACUUCACUGUGUGCCACCAGCAAACAGAUUGUGUCUACAGUUGUAGCCUUUUAUGGAGAUGAAAUUUCCAGACAAAGAUACAGAAGGGCCAUGAGUUCCUCCACGAAGCCAUACAAACCCAGCUCCUCUAUAGAUCCAUUGUCUCUGUCUCUGAAUCUUAACCGCAACUUACCUGAUGAAGACUUGGUGCCAGAAUCUACAGUUCCAUCUGAAGUGAAUGGGAACUCUUUGAUUGACACCUUUUUCACCACCAUGUCCAGACUUUAUAUAGCCCUGGUGGGGUCCCCCUCAGAGUUUUCCCUGACCAAGACCCCCCAGAUACACCACUCUGGGAAGUCCCCUCUCACUAAGGAGAGGGGGUGGAGGACCAGCGCUAGUCUCACAGGAAUACCGUCCAAAGAUUCAAACAGGUGUAUAUCCCCCAGAAGUAACACCACCCCCCUCCACGACUCCCCCUUGUUUGUACCAGAGGAGGAAGAUAAGGACUGGUCAGUGAAACCCACCCAGCUCAUCUUCAGGGUCUCCAGUCAACAAGAUGAGAAGUUACCAAUACUUAAGUUUCAAAUCAGCAAUUUUCAGAGCAGAACCAUGUCAUAUGAGUUGACGUGGCCCGGUCAGAAAUUGAAGUUGACCCCAGAGGGUGGAGUAGUAGGACCCAAAGACACAGUGACAGUAUGUAUUAGCCCAAGUCCCACUGUGUACAAGAUCAUCCAGGACCUGCCGUGGAGUGGAUGUGUCCACAUUACAAAUGGACCAAAAACCAAGAAAGUGCAAGUCCAGAUCCGGACAGAAUUGGGUGACAGCCAGCCCGUCCUGACCCAGAGUCUUGUCCCUGUGUUUAAACACCCCACUGGUCCCACCAUCAGUCUGCCCUACGAGUCCAGUGUGGGGAGCAUGAUGCAGGCAUCCGCCCACAAGAUAGAGUUCCCGGUCACCAAAGUAGGGGAACAAUCAGAGACUUCGUUUGAGCUGACCAACACUUCAGACAAAUCUAUGCAGUGGAUUGUCUCCUCCUUUGCUCCACCAUAUGUCAAGGGUGCAGACAGUACUAAGGAUGUAUUCCGAGUCAUGUAUAAAGUUUUUGACUUCACCAUCAAGUCGGGGAGUUUGCCGCCAGGGAAGAGUACUCAGGUUAAUGUUGAGUUCAUGCCAAGGUCUAAAGGAACGUUCACACAGCACUGGGAUAUACAAGGCACAAAAGAUAAACCUGUCCGACUUCAGCUGGCAGGGGAGAGCAUUGCAAAUGAUGACUUGGUGGGAAGUCAAAUGUCCAGUUACAGAGAUAACACUGCAGCAAACUUACAAGAUACAGGAGCCAAAACACUUAAAAAGAGUAAAGAUGAACGGCAAGUCCUACUGAAAAAUGAGGAGCUGAGAUUUCUACCUUGUUCAGUGGGACAGUCACAGAUGGUGAAGCUUCAGAUCGCCAACAACUGCUCAUCUCCUCAACCGAUUGAAGUGAUUCCACCCCAGCCUCCGUUUUAUGUGAAGCACAUGAGAUUUGAAGUGAAAGCCAAGAAGUACCUGAUGCUGCCAGUGGAAUUCCGACCCUCAGAACCCAACAACUACGAAGGACUGAUUGUGCUAAAGACAGGGGUGGGAUAUAGUUUGAGUGCCAAACUGUAUGGGCAGUGUACAUCAUAAUGCAGAAAUUCGAUAAGGAACCUGUGAUGGUGUGGGGGGAUUGGAAGAAGGAAACAGCUGUCGGAGUGUUAGUUAAAUAUUAAACAGUACUAGUAUACGUGAAAGUCAGGGAAUUGAUGUUUUGUUUUAGAACAAUUUUAUCGGGACUCGUGUCUCAGAUUUCUAUGGUGUAUAAGAAACCGUAUUUAUUACCAUGUGCAUCAGAUGCUUUAAGAUCUGUUUUGUUAACACAAUCAGGAUUUACAUGUAAUCAUGGACAGAGUUGAUCAUAAGUUUUGUGGGUUGUUUCAAUUGUUUUAAUAGUUCCAUGUGAUAUACAGCUGGGUUGCUUUGUUUUGAUUUGUACUCAGUUGAAAUAACCCUUAAUUACAUGUACUUCCAGUACAGAUGUACUUCAUAAAGGAUUGAUUGUAACCUUUUUUCUCUCUUCAUAUUAGUUUAGGUGCUUAAUAUAGUUCAAAUGUUUGGGUUGUUAUUAUUUUCUUCCUAUCUAGCAUUUACAUGUAUGUACACUGUGUAUAUUUAUUUGAAAUUAAUUUGAUAAUUUUUUUGUAAAUGAAAAGGAGAAAAUAGUGUGAGUGUGAAAAUGGAAAGCUUCUAUAUUCCUUAUUUAUUCUGUGGAGUGAUUAAAAUGUAAUCAUUUUAUAAUUUAAAAAAGUAGAUGUAGAAAUGUUUGCCCAUAAUAUAAAAUAUAAACAUGUUUUCAUUGUAGUUUAUGGUAAUAUGAAAACACUGCAGUGAUAGGCUCUGUGAUAAAUUUGGUGCUUCACAUGUGAAGGCAUUUCUGAUUUCCUGAGAGAGAGAAAAAAAAAAUUAAGAGAGAGAGUUGUGAUUUUUAUAAUUUUUGUUUUGUUUGGCUAAAUUCAUUUGUCAUUCAAUACCAGUUUAUUCUUUAACUAGUUUUGCCAGAAAAUCUUAAACAUGUAUUCAGAUCAUUUUGCAUUUAUUACUAGUUUACUAUUCGUUUAAAAGCUUUUCCAGAAUAUCUCAACUUCCUAGAGAUCUGUAUCAAAAUACCCAAGUAAUUAAAAAUACCUGUUUGUGUUCACUGCAUAGAGAUACCUCACUCAAUGAUAUUCAGUAUUUUAUGAAAAGAAUUACCCAGGUAUCUUAAAUUCAAUAGAUGGAACAGAAAAAUAAUCAACCAGUUAAAAUACAUGUAAAUGUAAACAAAAUCUGGGAAUUCCUUUUCUUUCCUGUCCAAUCACUUCUUAUUUGAGUAAGAUUUUUUACAUGGACUGGAAAUAUAGAUUAUUUAUGGGAAAGGCAGUUCAUUGCAUUUUGUAAAAAAAAAUAUUAUCUAGAACAUGCUUGUAUAUUAAAUUUGAAGAAAUAAAAAUUAAAAAUC